CUGAAAACUCUAUAUAAGUGUCUGUAUGAAUCGAGGCAUAUGAGAAGAAGACUAACGAGUUUAGGGUUCUUCUGAACUCAUGCCAAAUCUACCGAUUUUUCCUUUGUCUUCAAGGGUUUACUCAAAACAUUCAAGGGUUUUGAAUCUCACUCAAAAUUUGAAGAGAGGAAUCGAUAUAACUAGCAAUUUUAGAUGCCGUUGAGUUCAGUCCUUUUAAGUUCGCUCGUUUCAUCACCAACGAAAAAAAGGAGCAGGGCAAAAAUGUGGAUGAGAACAAGUAUGAUAAUGGGUAUUAUAAUGUUCGUGUACCAGAUGGUGCAGCCAUUAAUCCUAACGACGAUUCGACCGUUCAUCCUGAGGUAUUGCUCUAGGUACAUCCAGAAAUUUAUUGCAUGCACAAAUCCAUAUAUUGAAAUAAGCAUCGAUGAAUGCACUGGAGAACAUUUCAGAUUAAGUGGAGUUUAUGUUGCAAUUCAGGCUUAUCUUAGGCCUAAAACUUGUGAACUUGCAAGAAAAAUGAAGGCUCAGUUUGGUACUAAUAAGAAGCUAAUUCUUACCAUGGCCGACUAUGAAGAGAUAGUUGAUGAGUUUGAAGGUAUUAAAAUUUGGUGGUAUGUAGGCAAGACUGUUUCUCAAAGACCUAUUGCAUCGGAUUUUGAACAUCGACACUUAAGCCUUCAGUUUCAUCGUCAGCAUCGUGAAAUCAUUACGGGUUCAUAUAUGUAUCAUGUCAUCAAGGAAGGAGAAGCAAUUUUGCGUGAAAACCGGCAGAGAAAGUUGUAUUCUAACAACAGGACAUCGUGGAACCGUCUUGUGUUUGAUCACCCUGUGAAGUUCGAACACAUUGCUAUGGACCCAGUGAAGAAGAAAGAAAUUAUCGAUGAUCUCAUUAGUUUCAGCAAUGGGAAAGAAUAUUAUGAAGGGAUUGGUAAGGCGUGGAAGCGUGGGUAUCUCUUGUAUGGGCCACCAGGGACAGGGAAAUCUAGUAUGGUUGCUGCCAUGGCUAAUCUUUUGAAUUACGACAUAUAUGACCUUGAACUGACGGCUGUGAAAGACAACGGUGAUCUCAGAAUACUCAUGCAUGAAACUUCAAAGAAGUCUAUCAUAGUAAUGGAAGACAUCGAUUGUUGUCUCGAUAUCACCAAGAAACGUAAUGAUUCAGUUAGUAAGAAAGACAAAGAGGUGGCUGAUAGUAUUGAGAGCAGGGUUACAUUGUCAGGGCUUUUGAAUGUCAUUGAUGGUUUAUGGUCUGCCUCCAGUGGUGAACGAAUUAUUGUGUUUACAACUAACCAUAUAGAGAAUAUUGAUCCUGCUCUCAUUCGAAAAGGUCGGAUGGAUAAACACAUUGAAAUGUCUUAUUGUUGCUUUGAAGGGUUCAAGGUAUUGGCCAAGAAUUACUUGAAACUUGAUUCACAUGAGUUAUUCGAGACGAUAGAAAAUCUGAUCAGUCAGGAACAGAUUACUCCUGCAGAUGUUGCCGAGCAUUUAAUACCCAAAACUAUCAAUAAGGACCCGGAACAUUGCUUGAAGAACUUAAUUCAAACACUUGAGAAAAGAAAAGAAGAUCGAGUUGCUAAUCAGCAAGAAGAACCAAAAGCUGAGGAUAAAUCAGAGAUACCAAAUCCACAAGAGGUAGAGGAAAAAACAGAUUAGUUUCUUAAGGGGUAUCUUAGAGCCCUACAAGAUACUUGCAUAUGAAAGACUUAAGUUUGUAAAUCUGUAUUCAGAGCCCUAAAGAAACCUGAGCAGAUAGACUUCCAAAUCAUGCCAGCAUUCAGAGUGCUCUAGUAUUUUCUCUUUCAACUUGAAACGCA